AAGGGGCAGGGCCGGGCCCGGCUCACAAAGCCCGCGGCCGGCGGGGUCCGUGGUGUGUCGCUGCGCGAUGGGGCUGGCGGCGGCGCGGGGCUGGGCGCUGUCCCCGCUGUCCCCGGGCCCGGCGGAGCGCAGCCGGCCCUACGCUGUGCUGCAGCACCAGAACCUGGUGCUGCUGGGCAGCAUCCUCAGCGCUCUCCUGCUCACCAUCAUCCUCAUGGCCAUCUGUGUCUACCGGCCCGUCCGGCGGCGGUAGCGGAGCGGGACCCGCCGGGGCAUCGAGAGAAUGCUGCGUUCCACCUGGUCCUUCCACCUGGCGUCCACCAUCCCAGCACCGCUUCAGCCCUGCCGGUUUUCCCGUCUGGUACCCGGCAUUCCAGCACCGCUUCAGCCCUGCCGGUUUUCCCGUAUGGUACCCGGCAUCCCGGCGCUGCUCCGGGCCCAGCAGGUUCUCCCCUCCGGUCCCCGCCGUCCUGCCGCCGCUCCCGUCGGCUGCUGGGGAUGCCCUGAGGAUGCGAGUGUGGCUUGUCACCCCUCUCUGCCCGUGCUGUAUCACACGGCUCCAUCGUGAUGUGGCUUCCAACAACGUGCUGGAAAUCAUCCCCUCCCUCAGCAGACAGACUCCUGGAGCUCCUGGGGCUGUGUUCCGCAGCAAACCCGUCUGGCUCGGGGCAGGGGCUGGAGCGAGGCGCCUGCCUCCCAAAUCGCGGCGUUUUGGCGAGGCUGAUCCGACACCGAGUGCUCGAGAGCAUCCCCGGGACGUGCAGGCACCGGGGGCUGUCACAGGAACACGGCGAGACCGGGGACAUUGUCCGAGGAGCGGCUCCACCUGCUCGGUCACACCACGGCCACUUUUUGCUUUCUGAUUAAUUCAGGUCCUUGUUUGAAUGCUGCGUUCUGGGGGUUGGAGGAGGCUUGGAGCUGCCUGGGGUGGUGAGGGGUGUCCCUGUUAGUUCAGGGCGUAGAACAGGAUGAGCUUUAAGGUCCCAUUCAAAAAUAUUCCAAAGGUAAAGCUCAGUGACCCACCCAGCAGUGGGCGGGGGUCUGGUCCGUUCUUGCCUCUGAGCAAAACACUGAUGCAUGACCCUGAUCCUGGUGUAGUUUUCCCGGGCCAGGCUUCUCAUUCCCGACGUUAUUUGCUUUAAAUCCUGCCUAAAAAGCCCCAAAUAGCCUCCCAUCAAACCAGCCCUGCUGAACCUGUUGGGAACUGGGGUGCAGGUGAGGGAUUCCAGCGUGUGCUGGUAACUGUGCUCCUGGGAACAGGAGCCUCCAAAGGUCUGCACACCAGGCAGGGGCUCUGGAAGUGUUUGAGCUCCAGCCAGACCCAUUUUAUGCAGUUUCAGUAACAAGUGUUUACACUGAAUCCCACUUCCAUACCAAUGCUGCUAUUUUGUUUUGCACUGCUACAAGUAGUAACUGGAUUUUACUAAUUAUUACUUUGAUAUUUAACAUAGGGGUGUUUUGCUUAGUAAUUUAUUUAGAGUUUUAUAGUGUAACUUCCAGAAUAAUUGCUGUUGACCUGUUCUCAAGCCCUUGUGCUGCAUCUGAGGUGUUUUCCGUUCUGUUUGAAGGACACCAAGUGCUGGCAUUGAUGAGAGAUUUUUCUUUCCGUUUUGUGAAAUGACAGUGAGCCUGGCCUUGAACAGAUGGAGCUGUUAAUCCAAGAGUGAGGCAGCAAGGCAGCACUGUUGUAUUGCUUUCUGCUCCUCCUUUUGCUCACCGAGUCCUCUGUUCAUGAUUUUUCUCGGUCCUUCAUCACUGUGAAGCCUGGCCUGCAGCCUGUGCUGCUCGUGGGGGUGGAUGGUGAAGCUCCCAGCCCCAGCUCUGCAUUCCCUGGAGCAGAAUUCCUGUUUGCUCUCAUUCCUCACUCCCUGCUAUGCCUCUUUGUACAAAUAAAACGCUCAGUAAACA